AUGCCUUCAGCCAUGCUCGAGCUGGACGAGAAGAAAACACAACUUGAAUCAUCUGAAGCAGUGGCCAUCCCAGAGGAGGUGAUCAGGAUGAGGAAGGAAGUAAAGAGGACAAGGGUGCUGAUCAUCAGUAAAAUGGCUGCUCUGAAGAAGAAGAAAGGUCAGGAAUCUGAGGUGAAGGAAAGCCAAGAAAGAGCAAUCGAAAUCAUGAAAGAAAUCAAGGCUUUAAGGAGCCUUAAACUAGAUCAGGUGAUCAUGACUGCACUUCAGGAGAAUGUUGUUCUUGAGAAGGUUUUGCAGGACCCUCAGGCAAGCCCAGUGGACAGAGCCAUUGCACAUAUCUCCACACAUCCCCAGUUCAUCACCAAGCUCCAGAAGGUUAAAGAAGCCAUCAAAGAAGAAAAGGCAAAGGCUGCUGAAGCUGAGCAGAAAAAGACUGACAGACUGAGUAUGGUGCAGUCCAAGAAUGAAGACGAGGAACCAGAGGAUGACCCCAACAGUGAUGACAGUGAGGAGAAUGGUGAUGUGGCAGAGGAAAAAUGUAACAGUCCUACCACUGAGAUCCAUAAGUCUAGUGUUGCAGAGCUCACAGAAAGUACAGACUCUGAUCUUGUAAAGGUGCCACCAUCCAAGAUCAGCACAACAUCUUCAGAAAAAUCCAAAACGGUUGAAAUUAAAUCACAGAAAGCAGAGGCCACGGCUCUAAACCUCCAAAGUUCUUCUCAAAAGUCUUCAACCGUAAGCAAGAAGAAUGCUGGUAAAGCAAACAAAGAAACUUAGACCACCUUAAAGCCACAAAAGAAAAAAGACCUACCUGAGACCAAGAGGGCUGAGGAAGAAAAGGUCGAUGAAGAGAGUGAUUUAUCAGAUGAGGAGGAAGAGAAGGAAUAUUUCGACGACAGCACAGAGGAACGUUUCCAUAAGCCGUCGUCUCAGUCUGAAGAGAGUGAUGACGAUUACUUCUUCCUGGGUAAAGUUAGCAAAUUCAAGAAACGGAGAAGCAACCAAGGUAAAGUCGAGGAGAAAAAGAGUGAGCUUCAAACAACUGACAAGGAGGCCACCAGCAAACCUCAUGAGACAAACCUUGGCAAAUUACAGUCUGUGUUUUGCUCAGCAUUGUCCAAAUCUAGUGUGUCCUCUCAGAAAUCUAAGUUUGGCUCCCGCAAUGAUAGCCUAAGACCUCCUCGAUUCCAGAACCAGAGGAAAGGCCCUGAGGGUAGGAUGAAAGCAGCUCAGUAUAAAAGCCGAGACCUUGGUGCAGACAGGAGGACGGGUCCAUUCAGUCCCAACAGACAGACUUUUAAAGUUGCUGGACAAGGGCAGGAGGGACCUUUGGGGGCAAGGAGGGGAAGGCCACAGUUUGAGCAGAACCUGAAUCCUCGAGGUCCACCUGGCAGGAUGUCAGAACCACCCCAGCAGUCCCUUCAUCCCUCAUGGGAGGCUAGCAGAAAGAGAAAAGAACAGCAGGCACAAAUCACAGUCUUCCAAGGGAAAAAGAUUAGAUUUGAUGAGGAGAUUUGA